ACCCACCCCCAACCCACCCCUUUCCCAACUCGACACCCACCAUGCGUGCUGGCCGCAGACGUGGGCAAUCUGUCUCAGGCCCUCCGCCGUUUGUCGACCUCGGCCCGCCGCCUACGGCAGACGCAGCAAACUCGCAGGAGAAACUGCAGGAGAGCACAGAGCAGGCACCACCUGCGCGUCCGAAGAGACCAUCUCGCCCGGCUUCCCGGCCCAAGCCGACGGCACUUGCGCCUUCAGGCAAUCCAGCAGCGGCGGCGCUGGCGGCAGGCCCACCGCCGCCGAGUGCCACGACAGAAGAGGCGCCGGUCCGUCGCGGGCGCCGGCGAUCGGUGUCGCGCCGGUCGGGUGGGCCGCCGGUUGAUCUGACCAUGUCGGAAGAGGAGAUUGCGGCUUUCAAAGCGCAAGAGGCGGCCGGCGGCAGCGCCUUUGGUGCCAACGGCGGCGGCAGCGGCGGGGCGGCGGCCGCAACAGACGUUGUCCUCGUCAAUGGGCACGUAAUUCAGACCGACGUGGCCAUGCUGACGCGGCCGCGGUCGGACACCGGGUUCCAGGCGCGGUGGCGCAAGCGGGUCGACUUGCGCGAGAUGUGCACCCGCAAGCUCGCCGAGCUGGAGCGUGAGAAGGAGAGCAAGUAUGACGAAGACCAGAUGGACGAGUCGGACUUUGAGGACAUUGCCAACGUCAUCCUCGAGUUUGACAAGAGCACGCUCAAGCACAUGAAGCAGUGCACCGAUGAAGAGUGUCCGGACGGGUGCAUGCCGCUCCUGCAGCCGGUCAUUCGCAAAGCGCUCAAGCUGUAUGCCAAGUUUAACCAGCUCGAGUCCCGCGAGACCGUCUGCAACGAGCUCGUCCGCAAAACCACGGCGUCACAGCGGGUGGCGCCCAAGAAGAAGCGCAUGUCGAUGAACGUGCAGAACUUUGCGCUCAAGGCUCUUGUCGACUCUUUCCUUGUCGAGAUGUUCUCGGACAUUGCGCCUGAGGACGACGCCGAAGCGCCGCAUUGAACGCUGGCUUGCGAGCCUCCCACACCUACGGAGCACCGAGCUCUUCGACCGCAUUCAUGCGCGAGCGGAGAUAGCCGCCAAAGACGCCCAGCGCGUGGUUGACGUCCGACACCACCCACUUGGGCUCGUCGGCCGGAAGCUCGAGCGAAAGCACAAUCUCGUGGCGGAGCCGGGUCCCGAGCCCGCCCGAGCCGCCCAUUCCCUUGGCAGUCAUGACCUUAAACGGCCCAAAGCUC